GACAUGAGGCAGCUUGAUUUGAUGCUGCGCUGCCCGCCCUCAGCGUGGUCGCCGGGUGACCGGAAGUGCCUGGUCGGGAGCGCGGGCCGGCGGCCUGGCCGCCUCGCCCCGUGGACCGUUUUGUGUGUGUGUGGUGGGCCCGGGGCUGAGCGACGCCGUGACAAGGUGCCCGUGCUAAUGUGGGCCAUUUACCUGUCGUCACCGGACGAGGCGGGCGCCGCUGGGCGCCUGCGGCAGUGACCGUUAUUUGGCGGCCCCGCGCGUGCCCGCUGCCUGGUAACGGAGCGGGCGGGCGGGCGCCUCAGGAUGAAUGGCUUUUCGCUCGGCGAGCUGUGCUGGCUCUUCUGCUGCCCGCCUUGCCCGAGCCGGAUCGCGGCCAAGCUCGCCUUCCUGCCCCCCGAGCCCACCUACACGGUGCUGGUGGACGAGGCGAGCAGCACCUUGCACCUGUCGGAGCGGGCCGAUUGGCAGUACACGCAGCGGGAGCUCGACUCCCUCGAGGUCUUCUUCACCCGCACCAGCCGGGGCACCCGCAUCGGGUGCAUGUUCGUCCGCUGCGCCCCCAACUCCCGCUACACGCUUCUCUUCUCUCACGGCAAUGCCGUGGACCUGGGCCAGAUGUGCAGCUUCUACAUCGGCCUCGGCUCCCGCAUCAACUGCAACGUCUUCUCCUACGACUACUCGGGUUAUGGAGCCAGCAACGGGAAACCGUCCGAGAAAAACCUUUACGCUGACAUUGACGCAGCGUGGACGGCGUUGAGGACAAGGUAUGGUGUUAGUCCGGAGAACAUCAUUCUAUAUGGUCAGAGUAUUGGCACAGUUCCUACAGUAGAUCUUGCAUCCCGCUAUGAAUGUGCAGCUGUUAUCCUCCACUCGCCUCUUAUGUCUGGCUUGCGUGUGGCAUUCCCUGAUACCAGGAAAACAUACUGCUUUGACGCAUUUCCAAGCAUUGACAAGAUAACCAAGGUAGCUUCUCCCGUGCUGGUAAUUCAUGGGACUGAGGAUGAAGUGAUUGAUUUUUCCCACGGUCUUGCAAUGUAUGAGCAAUGUCCAAGAGCAGUGGAACCCCUCUGGGUUGAGGGAGCCGGGCAUAAUGACAUUGAGCUUUAUGCACAGUACCUUGAAAGAUUGAAACAGUUCAUUAGUCAUGAACUGCCUAUUCCUUAAAGACUCCGUGGAUGUUUCCUAGGCAAAUGUGAAUCGAUGAACUGCUCUAAUUUGCACAUGGUCUAACUGGAUAGCUGUAGCUUUUGACAACACAAGAAGCUAUCACUUUUCAGGCUGAUUCAUUUGAGAAACAGCACAAAAUCUGUCUUUUUUUUUAUACCAGGAAAAAUCCAUGUGAUUUAUGUACCUUGCACAUGAAAUAAUGUUCACCUACUGUAAUUUUGAAAUAGUUUUUGAUUAUUAUUAACCUUUAGUAUUUUGUUUCCAGAAUUAAAAAUUAUUGUUUAAUCGUCUGGAGUUGUAGGCUUUUCAGCAUCCUGGCAACAAUUCUGUGUGUCUUGAAUUUUUUAGGGGUAGAAAUCUCUCUUUGGUCACUCACACUAAAUAUGAGUAUGGCUAUUGGUUGUACUUCCUUCCUACACAUUCAAUUCUGUUUAAGUUGAAUGACUGAAGCUUGUGGAGAUGAGUACAACCUGCUACUAAUGCUGAGUUUAGCAGUAAUGACCAAAGACUGCUUUCACUCCUUUAAAUUUUUGCAAUUAGUUUAUAAACUGGAAAUUUCUUGUAAAAUGUAACAAAGCAGAUAAUGCGAUUGUGGCUAAGUAGAUAAAAUAGCCCUUCAUUGAAAGAUGAUUAAACCAAUGUGAUGAAUUGAUUUGAAUGUUUAUUACAUUCUAGAUAUUUUUAGCAUUGCCUCAAAGUACUGUAUUUGUAAAAACUCAGUGAAAUUGGAAAGAAAGUUUCCAUUUCUUCGUUAAUGUUCUUUUGAGUGGUCUUAAUGUUCCAACAUUUGUGGAGGUUUUUUUCCAUAUUAAAAUUGUUAAACUAUACCUCAUACUCCCCUAAUGGUGCAUAUGGCUGAAUACUUUAUUCAUAAAUGUGUAAAUUUAUGAACUAAUUGACAGUUGUGUAUUGUUUUUCAGGGGAGGAGUUCCUAAAAUAACUUGUAUCUUCAUCUUAAGUUGUAUUGCUCUCGAAUAGGGACUCUUCAGUUUCAAGUAUUGAAUUGUUGUGAUAACUGUCAAAUAGCUUUAUCCUGUGAAAUGUUUAAUUUGUGAAUGUAAAUGCUUUUAUACCCUGAAUUACUUGCACAUUCAACUUUUUAAACAAAAAACUGCUGCCAUUUAAUUUCAUAAAUUUACAUAUCAGUAAUUAAUAUGGGAACAGAUGUAAUUUGCUAAUUUUAGUUGGAAAGACCAGAGAUUUAAGAUUUGAUUUUUGACUUUGGAAUUGUAUUGAAAUAUCCAGAAAUAAUGCAAGACAUUGCUAAACAAACUGAUCAAAGCCUUAAAUGUAAUGAGGACCUCUGUAUAUUUGACUUCAAUAUUCAUUGUUGUAUGUUGCACAUAAGCAACAAAUAGUUGCAAUGGAAUAAAUGAUGCAUGGAAUGUAGAAUGAGAUUUUUAAAAUUAGAACAUUGUGUACAGUAAAAAGCAACAAGAAACCAAUUUCAGGAUAUUUUUGGUGUGAUCAAUUUAAACAAAAAAUGGAUUUAAAAUCUGGAUUAAACAUAGGAAAUGCUGUGCAUAAUA